UUUCAUCACGAGAUUUCUUGUGAUUGUUAGUCAUGGGUACAGGCUGUCCAGGGUAGUUUUCCCGUCGCUGUGGUUGAUUUUUGCAAAUAUUGCAGUGGUUAGAGUGUUCAACUACCGGCUAGGAAUAUGGCAAAUAUCACCAAAAAAGUGUCAUGGUCCAGCCGUGGCGAUGACAGUGCGCGCGGAGAGGCUACCCCGCUACUCAACGGCGCCGAGGAAGUCAGAUACACAAGACAGCAAUCCGGGGGAAGUAUAUUUCACAUAGGCAGACUCAGUACGGUGGAACUGGACGAAGAAAUCACAUCCGAAGAGCAGGACUCUCUGCGGAGGAGAUCUCUACCCAAGGAGAUCCCACACAAUGAGAAGCUGCUCUCACUCAAAUUCGAGAGUCUGGACUAUGACAACAUUGAGAAUCAGCUGUUUCUGGAGGAAGAGAGGAGGAUGAGCCACAUGGGCUUCAGAUGUCUGGAGAUCAGUCGCUGGGUGAUCUGUGGCCUCAUCGGUGUCCUCACGGGCCUCAUCGCCUGCUUCAUCGACAUCGUAGUGGAGGAGCUGGCCGGGAUGAAGUACCGCAUCAUCAAAGAGAACAUUGAGAAGUACACGGAGGUGGGAGGCCUGUCCAUCUCGUUACUAUUAUGGGCUGUCCUGAACUCCGCCCUGGUGAUGGUGGGAGGCAUCAUAGUGGCCUUUUUUGAGCCCAUCGCUGCAGGCAGUGGUAUCCCCCAGAUUAAAUGUUACCUAAAUGGUGUCAAGAUCCCACGUGUGGUGCGAUUGAAGACGCUGGUUGUGAAAGUGUGUGGUGUGAUCUGUUCUGUGGCUGGUGGACUGGCAGUCGGAAAGGAAGGUCCCAUGAUCCACUCUGGGGCAGUAGUGGCAGCUGGAGUCUCCCAGGGCAGAAGCACUUCCCUCAAGAAAGACUUCAAGAUCUUCGAAUACUUCCGCAGGGACACGGAGAAGAGGGACUUUGUGUCAGCAGGGGCUGCUGCCGGCGUGUCGGCUGCUUUUGGAGCUCCAGUCGGUGGUGUGCUUUUCAGUUUAGAAGAGGGGGCUUCCUUCUGGAACCAGAUGUUAACAUGGAGAAUUUUCUUCGCCUCCAUGAUUUCCACCUUCACCUUGAACUUCUUCCUGAGCAUCUACAAUGGUCAGACGGGGAACCUCUCCUACCCUGGACUCAUCAACUUUGGGCGCUUUGAGAGUGAUACUUUGAGCUAUAACCUCUAUGAGAUUCCAUUGUUUAUCGUCAUGGGAGCGAUAGGAGGAUUCCUCGGGGCACUCUUCAACAUCCUCAACUACUGGCUAACAAUUUUCCGAAUCCGGUAUGUGCAUCGGCCGUGCCUGCAGGUGAUGGAGGCCAUGUUGGUGGCUGCUGUCACGGCGACCGUUUCCUUCACCAUGAUCUACUUCUCUGACGACUGUCAGCCUCUAGGACAGGACCAGACCCAGGAGGACUACCCACUACAGCUGUUCUGUGCAGAUGGAGAGUACAACUCCAUGGCCUCUGCGUUCUUCAACACGCCUGAGAGGAGCGUCCGCAGCCUCUUCCACAACCCCCCAGGCUCCUACAACCCGGUGACUCUGGGCGUGUUCACACUGACGUACUUCUUCCUGGCGUGCUGGACGUAUGGCUUGGCCGUGUCUGCGGGAGUGUUCAUCCCCUCGCUGCUCAUCGGUGCCGCCUGGGGGCGACUCUUUGGCAUCUUGCUCGCAUACCUGCCCUCCGGCACUCAAAUCUGGGCAGACCCUGGCAAGUAUGCCCUGGUAGGAGCUGCUGCACAGCUUGGUGGCAUCGUGCGGAUGACAUUGAGUUUGACGGUCAUCCUGGUGGAGGCCACCGGUAACGUGACCUACGGUCUUCCCAUCAUGCUCGUGCUCAUGACCUCCAAGAUCGUCGGAGACUACUUCGCAGAGGGCUUAUAUGACAUCCACAUCAAGCUGCAGAGUGUCCCGUUCCUGCAUUGGGAAGCCCCCGCCACAUCUCAUUGGCUAACUGCCAGGGAGGUCAUGAGUUCUCCUGUCACCUGCUUGAGCCGCGUGGAGAAGGUGGGAACCAUCGUAGACACACUUAGCAACACCUCCACCAAUCACAACGGCUUCCCCGUCGUCAUCCAGGACGCUGCCAGCGACGAGCCUGGAAAGGUCUGUGGAUUGAUUCUUCGCUCUCAGCUCAUUGUGCUGCUGAAACACAAGGUGUUUGUGGAGCGAGCGCGGUCGCGCCUGAGCCAGAGGAAGUUGCAGCUGAAGGACUUCCGUGACGCGUACCCGCGCUUCCCCCCCAUCCAGUCCAUCCACGUCUCCCAGGACGAGCGCCAGUGCAUGAUGGACCUCAGCGAGUUCAUGAACCCCACGCCCUACACCGUGCCUCAGGAGACCUCUCUGCCUCGAGUGUUCAAGUUAUUCAGAGCCCUGGGCCUCAGGCAUCUGCUGGUGGUGGACAGCGAGAAUCGGGUGGUGGGUCUUGUCACGCGUAAGGACCUGGCGCGUUACCACUUGGGCAAGCAUGGCCUGGAGGAGCUCCAACUGGCCCAGACCUGAGCUAAGCAGAGGCAGUCUCCCCCCCAAACAUGAGAGCCCUUGCGUCACAUCACGUCACAAUGGGCGACGUCCUCCCAAGUGACCCUAAGGGGUUAGCCCCCCUCAAUCACCUCAACCCCAUCACCCAAGUGUGUACCCCCCUCCAUGCCUCAGUCCAAUGGACGAAUGCCUCCCCUUUCCACAAUGCCCCAUCACCAACCUGUUCACCCCAAUGCCUACCCAUUCCCCCUGCUAUAGGUGGGUAACCCUCCCUCCACACAGGGUUAACUGCCUUCCCCUCACCCCUAUGUGUGACUCCCUCCUCACCCCAAUAUCCAAAUAGCCUUUCCCUCAGCCCAAAAAGGGUGACACAAUGGGUGACACAACUACCCCCUUCCCCUCACUGAGAUGGGUGGCCCUCACUUCCCCCUCUCACACCCCAAUGCCUAUGGGGGAGUCUCCUCAGUCCCCUCACAUCACCCCAAUGCUAUCACCCUCCCAACCUGAUGGAUGGACAACUCAGCCCUGUCUCUCUCACACCCUGAUGCCUGUGGGUGAGUCUCACCCUCAAUCCUCUCACAUCAACCCACUGCUUUUACCCUCCCAACCUGUUGAAUGACCUUCACUCGCCCCUCUCUCACCCCAAUACUAUCACCCUCCCAACCUGAUGGAUGGGCAACUCAGCCCUGUCUCGCUCUCACCCUGAUGCCUACCCUCCCACCCGAUUGCCAGCUAUGCACCGCCAACGUCCCCCUGGAGGGGGAUACCCCUACUUACCCCUCCAUGCCCUUAAUAGGGGGGCACGAGUGUCAUACAAGCCAAAAUCGGUGGACAAACAUGCACUCUUGUUUUUGUUUUGUUUAGUUUUUUUCUCUUGUGUCUGAUGGCUGACUUUGUGUCCCAAGCAAAGAACAAAAAAAAAAGAACAAUGCAAUGUUUGAUCAACACAGGUACGUUAUUUGAUGAAGGAUUCCUAAUCUCAGAAACCAUAGACACUUGCCGAGCAUUUCACAUUUUGUUUGUUUGUCUUCGUUUUGCACUACAUGAUCAUUGUAUUUAUUAUUUAUUGUGUAGGAAUGUAGCCUGAGUGUCAAGAGAAGAGAGGCAAGUGUGGAGAGUGCUGAAGUUUCAAAUGCCACAUCUAAAGGGCCUGUUAAGGCAGUCUUGCUCAGAGCGCAGUUAGACCUUGCUGUUGUUGUUGUUUGUGUCACUUAAGCAUUUGUUUGUAUACCUGGGGGGUAUUCCAAGAAUCAUGUUCAGUAUUAAACCAGGCUAAGUUGACCAUAAGGUAGUGGUAAAUCACCUAAUAGAAGAGCCUGCAGUCUUUGUUUUCUUAAGUAACGGCCUGUUUAUACAUACCCAGGUAUUUUGAUAAACACUUUUCUUCUCUACGCCUACCAACAUUUUUCCGUUGACAUCACAGCCAAACACGCAUAAAUACGCUGCUGGGAGCUGUCAUAAAUAUGUUAAGCCUGUGCACGGUAAGGAGAGCGCCAUUCAAGUCCCAGUUUAUCUCUGUUUAUAUACAAACGGCAACCGGAGUUUUAAAAAAAUCUACACUUUUGCCAGAGUUUUUUUGAAGCUUUGUUUGUAGAGGAAAAACCUCUGUUUGUGAACGAAAGGCACAAACGAAGGGAAAGGUCUACUUUUAUCAAAAUACCCUGGUAUGUAUAAACGGCCCCUAAUUGUUGCCUAGUACAGUGGUUCUUAACCUGGGGUGCGGGCACCCCCUGGGGUUGCGGGCACCCCCUGGGGGUGCGCCAGAGAUUUCAGGGGGUGCGCGGAAUUGACUGUUGUGGUUGUGACUAAAAUUCUGCUUCCAAACAUUAUAAUUAGACCAAAUUAAGACCAAAUUUAAGCAUGUUUUCGUCCCCAUGUAAAUUAAUUAAAGUAUUGAUUAAUGUCUAAAGUAAGAAUCAUUGUAAUGAAUCACUUAAAUCAUUUUUUUUGGCGCGUAUACACGUGUAGACAUUUGGGAUGGGGGUGCACGGCUCAUCUUGGGAACAGCUAAGGGGGUGCGUUCAGAAAAAAGGUUAAGAACCACUGGCCUAGUAGACCAUCUAUAAGUGGGUUUGACACUUCCUUUAUGUUAGUCUAGCCAGCUUAGCUUAGCCUAAGUGAUAAGUUUAUCACUUAUCCAUGUUCUUGGAAUACCCACCCCCCCAGAGGUGGAAGGUAAUACAGGUGGCAAAAGGGGAUGGUCAAAAUCUGAAUUUGAUUUCUCCAACAUAUCGUUUAUAGAUCAUAGAACUGCCCUAUUGUUUUCAUCCUUUUUUAUUUGUUGUUGUCUGGUCAAAAUAUAAAAUUCUGCCUUUGCAAUGGCCCCAAUAUACAGCAGUGGAACCGCGUUCUCACCUAAUGUCAUUCACCGUAUGGACAGAAACAGACUCUUCGCAGGGGCUCAAUGUCCUCUAUUUAUUGUGCCCCUAACAUGACAUGUCUAUAAUUGCUCCUGUGUGUGUUCAAAUUCAGAAUUCAGCGUUUUUUUAAUGGAACUGAUGGAAGCCAAGCGUUGUCACAACUUGUGUGUGUGUGUACGUUUGCGUGCGUGCGUGUUCGUGCGUGUGUGUGUGUGCGCGUGCGCGCGCGUAUGUUUGUGUGUGUGUGUGUGUGCGUGCGUGCGUGUGAUUUGCAUGUGCUGCUUUGAGUGUGGACUUUGCUAUUGUUGAGGUCUCUAAGAAGUGUACUGUAUUGAUUCUUGUGGGUGAUAACUUCAAAGUAGCAGGUGAAAGCUUGGACACAAUCUUCAAUAGCUUUUGGUGUUCACACUGUAAAUGAUGAACGACCUCACGCUGGACGCUGGACGGGAGAUGGUCCCCAUAUUGUCCCUUAGUACUUUUUCUUUGUCUUCAGUAUUCAUUUGCUGUGGAGGAAACAUAGAGGUAGAGAUUGAAUAACUAUUACGUGGGAAAGUUUGUCCAAGCGUGACUGGUACUGUGCGCCAAACAAGUUGUUCUAGACUUGCCAGCCAAGUCCAGCCUCUAAGCAGAGUUGAAGCCGGUAAGUGAAUGUCAAGUUCAAAGCGAAUGUCUCGUCAUAAGGUCUUGUUUACGGAAAUGUAUGUAUAUGCACUUGGAAUCAAUUGAAUGAUGUGUACAGUGGUAAAAAAAGGAAAAAAAUAUAUGAUUUUACAGCAUUCAAAUGUUAACGUUCUGAGAACAAAAAAAAGAAAAGUAAAGGAGCAGUGUGAUCAUGCUAUUUGCUAUAUCCCUCACAAAAGCCCUUCUGACAAAGAACAUUACCCCUCAACGUCACUUGGAGUUUAAGGCUUGACUGAUUAUUUUCCCCAUUAAUCACUGGCCAUUGUUUUUACAGCAGCCACAGAGGUCCUUUUGUGUCUUUGCUGAUCUUUUUUGUACAGAUGUAAAUGUUUAAUAAAACAAAUUGUGUGAAAAGAUAUGCUGUAUUUUAUAACCAUUUGGACAUUUGUGAACUAAUAAAGCUAUAGACAGAU